AUGGGACUGACUUGGAUGGGGCUGACUAGGAAUGGGCAAGACUUAGAUGGGGCUGACUUAGAUGGGGCUGACUUGGAUGGGAAUGACUUGGAUGGGACUGACUUGGAUGGGACUGACUUGGAUGGGCUUGACAUGGAUGGGGCUGACUUGGAUGGGGCUGACUUAGAUGGGACUGACUUGGAUGGGGCUGACUUGGAUGGGGCUGACUUGGAUGGGGCUGACUUGGAUGGGACUGACUUGGAUGGGGCUGACUUGGAUGGGGCUGACUUGGAUGGGACUGACUUGGAUGGGACUGACUUGGAUGGGACUGACUUGGAUGGGACUGACUUGGAUGGGGCGACUUGGAUGGGACUGACUUGGAUGGGACUGACUUGGAAUGGGACUGGCUUGGAUGGGACUGGCUUGGAUGGGACUGACUUGGAAUGGGACUGA